CUCUCUCUCUGUAUCACAUCCACACCACGCAGAGUCCGGGGCCACUUGGACAUUUCUCUCCCCGCUCAGGAUAUUUAGCAGCAGGACUGCAGGCCGUGUCGGUAAAUGUGCAUCUUGUCUGAAAUGCUCCAGCAGCGCAUUUAAAGCUGUGAAGAUCAGCAGAUAGCCCCCAGACUGUUUUCCUCAGCAAAAAAGGCUUAGCUGCAGACCCUGCCCACACCGCCGGCCAAGAUGGUGGUGCUGUCACUCAAAAUCUGCGUGCGGCAAGGCAAUGUUGUGAAAACGAUGCAGUUUGAGCCUUCCACAGCAGUCUAUGAUGCCUGCAGGAUCAUCAGAGAGAGGGUCCCAGAGGCUCAAGCUGGACAAGCCUCGGAUUAUGGCCUCUUUCUUUCUGAUGAAGACCCCAGGAAAGGGAUCUGGUUGGAGUCUGGAAGGACACUGGACUAUUACAUGCUCCGUAAUGGGGAUAUUCUUGAAUACAAGAAGAAGCAGAGGCCCCAAAAAAUCAAAAUGUUGGACGGAGCCGUUAAAACAAUCAUGGUGGAUGACUCAAAAACUGUUGGCGAGCUGCUUGUGACCAUCUGCAGCAGAAUAGGAAUCACAAACUAUGAGGAAUACUCUCUGAUCCAGGAGACGGUGGAGGAAAAGAAAGAGGACGGCAUGGGUACACUGAAGAAGGACAGGACACUGCUGCGAGAUGAGAGAAAGAUGGAGAAGCUGAAAGCCAAAUUGCACACAGAUGAUGACCUGAACUGGUUGGACCACAGCAGAACGUUCAGGGAGCAGGGCGUGGACGAAAACGAGACCCUUCUGCUCAGACGCAAGUUCUUCUACUCGGACCAGAACGUGGACUCCAGAGACCCCGUCCAACUCAACCUUCUUUAUGUUCAGGCACGAGACGACAUCCUAAAUGGUUCCCAUCCUGUAUCAUUUGACAAAGCCUGUGAGUUUGGAGGCAUCCAGGCCCAGAUCCAGUUUGGACCUCACAUAGAGCAUAAACACAAGCCUGGAUUCUUAGAUCUAAAGGAGUUCUUACCCAAAGAGUACAUCAAGCAGCGAGGAGCUGAAAAGAAAGUAUUUCAGGAACACAAAAAUUGUGGAGAAAUGACAGAGAUUGAAGCAAAAGUGAAAUAUGUCAAGCUGGCGCGGUCUUUGAGGACGUACGGUGUCUCAUUCUUCCUCGUCAAGGAAAAGAUGAAGAGUAAGAACAAGCUGGUACCUCGACUCCUGGGUAUCACCAAGGAGUCGGUGAUGAGAGUGGAUGAGAGGACCAAAGAUGUGGUUCAGGAGUGGCCGCUCACCACCGUAAAGAGGUGGGCUGCGUCGCCCAAAAGCUUUACACUGGACUUUGGGGAGUACCAGGAGAGCUACUACUCAGUUCAGACCACUGAAGGGGAACAGAUCUCUCAGCUCAUUGCCGGCUAUAUUGAUAUCAUCCUCAAAAAGAAGCAAAGCAAAGAUCGUUUUGGAUUAGAGGGUGAUGAGGAGUCAACCAUGCUAGAGGAAUCGGUUUCCCCUAAAAAAUCUACGAUACUUCAGCAGCAGUUUAACCGUGUGGGCCAAGUGAACCAAAGCUCUGUUGCUCUGCCGGGGGUCAUCCGCUCUGGCUCUAUUGGCACAGAGUCGCUCAGCAUGGGCACCAUGCCGUCCCCUCAGCAGCAGAUCACCAUGGGUCAAAUGCACCGUGGCCACAUGCCGCCGCUGAGUUCAGCGCAGCAGGCUUUGAUGGGAACCAUCAACACCAGCAUGCAGGCUGUUCAAAAGGCCCAGAUAGAUCUGGGAGAGGUUGACGACCUUCCACCUAUUGGGCAGGACAUGGCAUCAAAGGUGUGGAUCCAGAACAAGAUGGAUGAAUCCAAACAUGAGAUCCACUCGCAGGUUGAUGCCAUCACUGCAGGAACGGCGUCUGUUGUGAACCUCACAGCUGGUGAUCCCACUGACACGGACUACACAGCAGUGGGCUGCGCCAUCACCACCAUUUCCUCCAACCUGACCGAAAUGUCAAAGGGUGUGAAGCUGCUGGCGGCGCUGAUGGAGGACGACAUGGGAGGAGGUAACGACCUGAUGAAGGCUGCCAGGACGCUAGCAGGAGCCGUGUCCGACCUCCUUAAGGCUGUGGAGCCGACUUCUGGAGAGCCCAGACAGACAGUGCUGACGGCUGCAGGCAGCAUUGGCCAGGCCAGCGGAGACCUACUGAGACAGAUCGGAGAGAACGAGACGGACGAGAGGUUCCAGGAUGUUCUGAUGAAUUUGGCCAAAGCAGUCGCCAAUGCUGCAGCCAUGUUGGUGCUGAAGGCCAAGAACGUGGCUCAGGUUGCAGAGGACACCGUCCUGCAGAAUCGGGUCAUUGCUGCAGCUACCCAGUGCGCCCUUUCCACCUCCCAACUUGUGGCAUGUGCAAAGGUGGUGAGUCCGACCAUCAGCUCCCCAGUUUGCCAGGAGCAGUUGAUCGAAGCGGGAAAGCUGGUGGACCGCUCUGUGGAGAGCUGUGUGCAGGCCUGCCUCUCAGCCACAGAGGAUGGAGAACUCCUCAAACAGGUGAGCGCAGCAGCAGGGGUUGUGAGUCAGGCCCUGGCAGACCUUCUGCAGCAUGUCCGUCAGUACACCGCCAGGGGAGAGCCAAUCGGGCGCUACGACCAGGCUACAGACACCAUCAUGACCGUCACUGAGAGCAUAUUCAGUUCCAUGGGAGAUGCAGGAGAGAUGGUACGGCAGGCUCGAGUUUUGGCUCAGGCCACCUCUGACCUGGUGAACGCCAUGAGGUCCGACGCCGAGGUCGAGGUAGACGUGGAUAACUCCAAAAAGCUGCUGGCAGCUGCCAAGCUGCUGGCAGACGCUACUGCAAGGAUGGUGGAGGCAGCGAAGGGUGCAGCAGCGUACCCAGAGAAUGAGGACCAGCAGCAGAGGCUGAGGGAGGCUGCUGAGGGGCUCCGCGUAGCCACCAACGCUGCGGCACAGAACGCCAUUAAGAAGAAACUCAUCAACAGACUGGAGAACGCCGCCAAGCAGGCUGCAGCAGCCGCUACGCAAACCAUCGCCGCCGCUCAGAACGCUGCCGCCUCUAACAAGAACACAGCGGCUCACCAGCAGCUGGUGCAGAGCUGUAAGGCUGUUGCAGACCACAUCCCACAGCUCGUCCAAGGAGUACGAGGCAGCCAGGCCAAACCAGAGGACCUGAGCGCACAACUGGCCCUCAUCAUAUCCAGCCAGAACUUCCUGCAGCCUGGUAGUAAGAUGGUGACCUCGGCCAAGUCGUCUGUGCCCACAGUGACCGAUCAAGCAGCAGCUAUGCAACUGGGUCAGUGUGCCAAGAACCUGGCCACCUGCCUGGCUGAGCUGAGGACAUCAGCACAGAAGGCUCAUGAAGCCUGCGGCCCCAUGGAGAUCGACUCUGCGCUCACUGCAGUCCAGACCCUAAGAACCGAGCUGCAAGAUGCAAAGCUGGCAGCAGUAAACACCCAACUCAAACCUCUGCCUGGAGAAUCGUUGGAGAAAUGCGCUCAGGAUCUGGGCAGCACCUCAAAGGCAGUAGGAUCCUCCAUGGCUCAGCUGCUUACAUGUGCAGCUCAAGGAAAUGAACACUACACUGGAGUAGCUGCCAGAGAGACAGCCCAGGCCUUGAAGACCCUCGCCCAAGCAGCCCGUGGCGUUGCUGCUUCCACAUCGGACCCCAAGGCUGCGGCUGCCAUGCUGGACUCGGCCCGAGACGUCAUGGAGGGCUCAGCGCUUCUGAUCCAUGAGGCCAAGCAGGCAUUGAUUUCUGAUGGAAGCGCUGAAAGCCAGCAGAGGCUGGCACAGGUGGCCAAAGCCGUGUCUCAUUCCCUGAAUAACUGCGUCAACUGUCUGCCUGGCCAGAAGGAUGUCGACAUGGCUCUGAAGAGCAUCGGCGAGGCCAGUAAGAAACUGCUGAUUGAAACUAUCCCUCCAGCCUCGAAGUCGUUUCAGGAAGCCCAGAAUGAUCUGACUCAGACCGCAGCAGACCUGAACCAGUCGGCAGGCGAUGUGGUCCACGCCUCCAGGAGCUCAAGCAACCAGCUGGCCUCAGCCUCUGGAAAGUUCAGUCAGGACUUUGACGAGUUUCUGGAUGCUGGCAUAGAAAUGGCUGGGCACACGCAGAAGAAGGAUGAUCAAGUGCAAGUGAUUGGUAACCUGAAAAACAUCUCCAUGGCAUCCAGUAAACUGCUGCUGGCUGCUAAAAGUCUGUCAGUGGACCCGGCAGCUGCAAACGCCAAAAACCUCCUCGCUGCUGCAGCAAGGGCUGUGACAGACAGCAUCAACCAGCUGAUCACGCUGUGCACUCAGCAGGCACCUGGCCAAAAGGAGUGUGACAACGCCCUCAGAGAGUUGGAGGCUGUCAGAGGAAUGCUGGACAACCCUAGCGAACCAGUCAGUGACCUGUCUUACUUUGACUGCAUUGAGAGUGUGAUGGAGAACUCCAAGGUCCUGGGAGAGUCCAUGGCGGGCAUUUCUCAGAACUGCAAGACUGGGGAUGUGUCUGCAUUUGGAGACUGUGUUGGGUCAGCUUCCAAAGCCCUGUGUGGCCUCACUGAAGCUGCAGCACAGGCCUCCUACCUGGUGGGCGUGUCGGAUCCCAACAGUCAGGCAGGCCACCAGGGCUUGGUGGAUCCCAUCCAGUUUGCCCGGGCCAACCAGGCUAUCCAGAUGGCCUGUCAGAACCUAGUGGACCCUCAAAGCAGCCCUUCCCAGGUGUUGUCUGCAGCCACCAUUGUUGCAAAGCACACCUCUGCAUUGUGCAACGCCUGCCGUCUGGCUUCCUCCAAAACUACAAACCCUGUUGCUAAAAGGCACUUUGUGCAGUCUGCCAAGGAAGUGGCAAAUACCACUGCCAACCUGGUCAAAACUAUCAAGGCUUUAGACGGUGAUUUCUCAGAGGAGAACAGAGGCAGGUGUCGAGUCGCAACAGCUCCACUCAUCGAAGCUGUGGAGAACCUGACCACAUUCGCCUCCAACCCUGAGUUUGCCAGCGUCCCAGCCAAAAUCAGCAAAGAGGGCUCUGAAGCCCAGCAGCCCAUCCUUCAGUCGGCACGCUCCAUGCUGGAUAGCUCCACUCAUCUGCUCAAAACGGCCCGAUCUCUGGUCAUCAACCCAAAGGACCCGCCCACUUGGUCCGUCCUGGCUGGUCAUUCUCGCACUGUUUCCGACUCCAUCAAGAGUCUCAUUACAGCUAUCCGAGACAAGGCCCCCGGACAGCGGGAAUGCGACUCCUCAAUUGAUAACAUUAACAAAUGUAUCCGAGACAUUGAGCAGGCCUCUCUGGCAGCCGUCAGCCAAAACUUACCAAGCAGAGACGACAUCUCAUUGGAGGCCCUGCAGGAACAGCUGACGUCCACUGUGCAGGAAAUCGGACACUUAAUUGACCCCGUUUCCACAGCUGCCAGAGGCGAGGCGUCCCAACUAGGACACAAGGUGACCCAGUUGGCUGGUUACUUCGAACCUCUGAUCAAGGCGUCCGUUGGCGUCACCUCCAAACUCAGUGACCACCAGCAGCAGAUGACUUUUCUUGACCAAACAAAGACCCUGGCUGAGUCUGCUUUGCAGAUGCUUUAUGCUGCUAAGGAGGGUGGAGGAAAUCCAAAGGCGUCACAUACCCACGAUGCUAUAGCGGAAGCAGCUCAGCUCAUGAAGGAGGCGGUGGAUGACAUGAUGGUGACGCUGAACGAGGCUGCCAGUGAGGUGGGCAUGGUGGGAGGAAUGGUGGAGUCGAUCGCUGAGGCAAUGGCAAAGCUGGAUGAGGGGACGCCUGCUGAGCCGGAAGGUUCCUUUGUUGAUUACCAGACUAAUAUGGUGAAGCAUUCAAAGGCUAUUGCAGUCACUGCUCAGGAAAUGAUGACCAAAUCGGUGACUAGUCCAGAUGAGCUGGGGGCUCUAGCUUCUCAAGUGACCGUGGAUUACAGCCAGCUGGCCGUUCAGGGCCGACUGGCUGCUUACACUGCUGAGCCAGAAGAGAUCGGUUUCCAGAUAAAAAACAGAGUACAAGAGCUUGGCCACGGCUGCAUUUUCCUGGUACAGAAGGCCGGAGCUUUGCAGAUCAGCCCCUCUGACAGCUACACCAAGCGAGAGCUCAUUGACUGCGCCCGUGCAGUCACAGAGAAGGUGUCCUUGGUGCUAUCGGCACUCCAGGCCGGCAAUAAGGGCACCCAGGCCUGCAUCACAGCCUCCAGCGCCGUGUCAGGCAUAAUCGCAGAUCUGGACACCACUAUCAUGUUUGCAUCUGCCGGCACCCUCAAUGCGGAGAAUGAUGAGUCCUUCGCUGACCACAGGGAAAAUAUCCUGAAGACGGCCAAAGCCCUGGUAGAGGACACCAAGAUGCUUGUGUCUGGAGCCGCUUCGGGUCAGGACAAGCUGGCCCAGGCCGCCCAGUCUUCUGCCAAAACCAUCACCCAGCUCACUGAUGUUGUCAAACUGGGAGCAGCCAGCAUCGGCUCCGAUGACCCUGAGACGCAGGUGGUUCUGAUAAACGCAGUUAAAGAUGUGGCCAAGGCACUAGCUGAGCUCAUUAGUGCCACCAAGUGUGCAGCAGGGAAGACUGCAGAUGAUCCGUCUAUGUACCAGCUGAAGGGCGCCGCCAAGGUGAUGGUGACCAACGUGACAUCACUGCUGAAGACUGUCAAAGCUGUGGAGGACGAGGCUACUCGGGGCACUAGGGCGCUGGAGGCUACAAUCGAGUGUAUUAAACAGGAAAUGACGGUGUUUCAGUCCAGAGAUGCUCCAAAUAAGACCACCACACCAGAGGAGUUCAUACGCAUGACCAAGGGCAUCACCAUAGCUACAGCCAAAGCUGUGGCUGCAGGAAACUCUGCACGCCAAGAGGACAUCAUCCAUACGGCCAACUUGAGCCGCAAAGCUAUUUCUGACAUGCUAACGACCUGCAAGCAAGCGGCAUACCAUCCCGAGGUCAGUGAGGAGGUCAAGAACAGAGCACUGAUGUUUGGAGCAGAAUGCACCACUGGAUACAUUGAUCUGCUAGAACAAGUGCUGCUGGUUAUGCAGAAGCCCACAGCAGAGCAGAAGCAGCACCUGGCCGCUUGCUCCAAACGUGUUGCAGGCGCCGUGACAGAGCUCAUCCAGACUGCUGAGGCCAUGAAAGAUGGAGGUUCAGAGUGGGUGGACCCUGAGGACCCAACGGUGAUUGCAGAGACUGAGCUGCUUGGAGCCGCGGCGUCUAUUGAGGCAGCAGCAAAAAAGCUGGAGCAGCUGAAACCCAGAGCAAAGCCAAAGCAAGCAGACGAGACAUUGAACUUCGAGGAGCAGAUCCUGGAGGCUGCCAAAUCCAUCGCUGCAGCCACCAGCGCUUUGGUCAAAUCGGCCUCCGCCGCUCAGAGAGAGCUGGUGGCCCAGGGAAAAGUGGGCUCUAUUCCCGCCAAUGCCGUGGAUGAUGGACAAUGGUCUCAAGGGCUCAUCUCUGCUGCACGUAUGGUAGCUGCAGCAACAAGCAACCUUUGUGAAGCAGCCAACGCCUCUGUGCAAGGCCAUGCCAGCGAGGAGAAGCUCAUCUCUUCAGCUAAACAGGUGGCGGCGUCCACCGCCCAGCUGCUGGUGGCCUGUAAGGUGAAGGCGGACCAGGACUCUGAAGCAAUGAGGAGACUGCAGAUUGCUGGGAAUGCUGUAAAAAAGGCAUCAGACAAUUUAGUGCGGGCAGCUCAGAAAGCAGCUUUUGACAAAGCGGAUGAAGAUAAUGUGGUUGUGAAGACGAAGUUUGUGGGAGGAAUAGCCCAGAUUAUUGCAGCUCAGGAAGAGAUGCUGCGAAAGGAAAGGGAGCUGGAAGAAGCCAGGAAGAAACUGGCGCAGAUCAGGCAACAGCAAUACAAGUUCCUCCCCAGCGAGCUACGAGAGGACUCCAACUAAUGCCUGCCCUGUGAGCUUUCACCGGUUUCUGCUAAGCUGGACCGCUGUAUGACCGAAGCGAGAAGUUCGUUGCAUGAAAGAUUGUAAAUUCCACUAAGAGCGAGUUUAAAAUCCUACUGCGUGGAGCCGACUACUUCCUGCAAAACAACAUAAAGAUUGUGACGAACUUAAUGUUAAUCAUAACUACUUAACCCGGAAUGUGACAUCUUUCAAACAGCACAGCUCACAUCUUGUUCAACCCAUAAGGUUUUAUUUUCUAUUUUGGUUUGCAGAUCCUCUGUAAAGUCUUUCAAAUGAAGAAGCGAUUGUUCGGCUGUUUCUGUCGCUUAGCCGUAUAAAUGCAAAAUGAAUCUGAAAGGAAAAAAAAAAACACAAAGCAUCCCUAAAACAUUUUUAAUCAUUGCUGCGUGAAUGUUGGCCUUUAUGCUCCAGUUUGCACCUUAAUGUCUGUGUGAAUCAUGUGAACCACUAAGUCUGCUUUGAUACAGUGGUUUGUAAACCAUAAUGUGAAGGAAGAUAGUUUCAUUUAAGUGUUUUUUUCCUCUGUUCUUCUCACUUAUUCUUGUCUCUAUAGGACAAACAUAUGAAGAUGCAACACAUUGUAAUUCUAAGUUACCAUAUGAAUGUUUUUUUCUACACAGGAAAACAUGUUACCAGAUUAUUUAUAACAGUGGGCUAAUUUUUGAAGUUUUUUUUCCAGGGUUACAUGCGAUCUCAGAUUAUUGCUACCAACAGCAGAGUUUUGUGGCUUGCAGGCAGAAUGUUAUACCAUAAAACAUGUUUGUUUUGGUUUUUUCAACCGCUUCUCCUUUUAGGCAAUGAGACAAGGUAUAAGUAAUGCAAUAAUAUCACAGGUGCUUUAGGGGGCAGCAUUGGUUACCUUCACACCAUACACAAAUCAAAUCCAGGGAAAUCUGUUAUAAAAUAGACACUUAUUUGAUGGUACAGACUAAAAUCUAUUUAUAAGUCUAUUGUUACUUAAUAAUCAUUUAUUAGCAAUAUCCUCACUGACUCGAAUUUAAGCGUUCAUACAAGUUUUGUCAAAUUAAGCAACAAAAAAACAACAACUUUGCAAUAAGAUAAAGUGAAACAAGUGCAAAGAUAAUCAUGUCGAUCCGUCUUUUUUUUCUCCUCUGCAACUUUAAUCGAGCAGAAAAAGCUUUGUUUACAGCGUGUGAUUGUGAUCAUCAUCUAAUAGCUUAUUCUGGAGGCUGCAUUUCAGUUUGAAAUUCGACUACACUGUAAGUUUAGCCACUGCCUUUAGGAUGGGAGACUUUAUGCUAAAGGUGUAGAGAAAUCUAUGCCUCCACAUAGGAACACUGAAUCCUAGAGCGUAUAAACAAUGUUUUUUUUUUUUUUUUUAAGUUGAGGUUUUGUUUUUCUGGCAUUACGCUCUGAGCAUUUUGAAUGAGACGGGGAGCGUCCAACGCUUAUCAGUGCAGUCUGUAGUGUUAUUAUUAUUAGUGCCUUAGUUGUUUAUCCAUACAGUGUCUGCUGCUGCAGUGACAGCUUCAUGUAGAAGACAGGUUAUUGCUCGGAAACGUAGGUUCAUGUCUGUGGUAUUUUAACAUACUGUUCCUUCAAGUGCUGAAACGACUGCGCCUCUUUUGUCUCCCCUCUCUGCUACAUGUGAAGCCUUUCCUAGGAGGGUAAAGGAGGAACCGUCUGCAAGUCAGAAAAACAAAAUGUGUUGAAAUUGAAAAUGUACUAUAUUACAUAUAGGAACACAUUUUUGUAUGGAAUUUUUUUGGGCAUGUAACCACAGUGCUUCUGAACAAAAACAGCCACCAGAGACUGAAGAGUGCAAUGAAGUCUCUGGCAACAUUUUACAGAUGAAUUUGGUUUUCUUGUGGUUUUACAGUCCUUUGAAAGAUAAUUGAUAAUUGUUGAUAGGAAUAUUUCAUUAUAUCUGUCACUGUUUUAAUGCCGUGUGGAGUUAUAGAAGUGUUUCCCCCCCCCCCAAAACCAAAAAAAUGAAGUUAGAAAGUGGUUACACUUAAGAUGAAUGAUAGCUUAAGAUACUAAAGAUAUUUAUCUGGCCUCUAUAAAACUUAUUUUUUUGUAUUCACUGAAAAUAAAGCAUU